AUGGAUCCUGCGGCGCCGCUUUUGCGACAGACGGCGAAGAAGAAGCCGGAGCCAAAGCCUGUGCCAACGGAGCCUGCUGCUGUGCUUUUGCAACAAACACCGAAGAAGAAGCCCGAGCCAAAGCCGGCAGAACCUGUGGCAACGGAGCCUGCAGCGCCGCCUUGGCGACCGGAGUCGAAGAAGAAGUCUGCACCGGCUGUUGAAGUUGAGACGGCAUCCAGUUCGACAGGACCACAAGCUACUGCACCCAUGGAGCCUAUGUCAGAGGAGCACUGGGCGACUGCGAUUGCUGCGGCAUUCGCGUUGGGUGGGAUGACAGCUUUGGAG